AUGCAUCAGCUAAACUCAGGGGACUGCCGGUAUGGGGAGGAAGAACAGGCGGAGUGCGAGUUUUUUUUUAUUGUGGGCGACAGAGAGCUGAAAUGGACGACUUGGUCGUUACUGGUUUCUGGUUAUAUUUCAAUUGGGCCCAAUAUGAGACAUUUGUAUACUUCACGUGAUGUCACCUGUGUUGAGUGUGUGUGUGGAGUGUGGGAGCAGACUGCCAUUCUGAAAAGGUACCAACAAAUACACAAUACACGUACAACUACUCGUACAGUAGGCAGACCACCAAUUAUGGGAUACUUUUCAUCUAUUUUUUACGGGACUUCAAAAUUGGGACAUUUUUCGACGCCAUUCUCACCUCAACGACACGUUUCCAAACACUUGUCUAUCUUUCAUUUGUUGAAUGACUCUGCAUUAUUAGCAUGUUGCUCGUAUUCGUUAGGUCCUGGGAGUGGUUUUGUUCAGCUUCUACCAGUACAAGUACAAUUAAUGUCGGUAAAUUGCGAGUAUUUGUACUCAUGUUGUACCUUAGGAGCCGUCCAAUCUGUCUCACAUAUUCAACAGUCUCACUCAACGGUUUUGUGGCUCAAUUGUCUCAUUCAACGGCUUCUGGCUAACUCUGAUAGUAUGUACAGUUCUAUCAGGGUGUAA